CUCGCUCAAAAUACAACAAGGAAGUGAAUCUUAAUUGGGAAGGGAAAUAAUCUGUUGACAGUAAACGUUUUGGAAACGAAAGUCGAUUUACUUGACUGUUUUGUGUCGGGGGGGUACAGUCAUUUUAGACUUGCCCGAAAGCCCGGUUCUGAUCGUCUUUGGGGGGGGGAUCCUGCUUUUAGCCAGCUAAGCUAGCAAUGAACACGGACGUUGAAUUUCACAUCAGGCAGAAUUAUCCGUGGAACAAGCUACCAGCAAACGUGAAACAGAGUCUGGGAAAUUCCCAACGCGAGUACGAGAAACAUGUCCUUCUGUACAGUAUUCGCAAUCAGCUGCGAUUCCGCAAUAACCUAGUGCGUCAUGUGAGGAAGGAUGAGCGUAAGUAUUAUGAGGAACUCCUCAAAUACAGCCGGGACCACCUGAUGCUCUACCCUUACCACUUGUCUGACAUCAUGGUCAAGGGGCUCCGGGUCACCCCAUUCUCAUAUUACAUAGGAAUAAUGGAGGACAUUAUGAACAGUGAGAAGAGCUAUGACUCCUUACCCAACUUCACUGCUGCUGACUGUCUGAGGCUGCUGGGCAUUGGGAGAAACCAGUACAUUGACCUGAUGAACCAGUGCAGGUCCUCCAAAAAAUUCUUCCGUAGGAAAUCUGCGCGGGACUUGCUGCCUGCCAAGCCAGUGGAGAUCUCGGUGGAGCCGUGGUGGGUGGCACAGACGGGCUUCAUCACCGAGGACGAUAUCAGGAUUUGUUCCCCAGCAGAGAAGAAGGCCAUUGAUAAGAUGAUAGAUUCUGGUCCCCAGCUGGCUGGAUCAAUGGAGUACAACGUAGUUCUCAGCUUGUACAACCGUGGCUUCAUCUACUUAGACGUCCCCAUUUCUGAUGACAGCUGCAUCUCAGUGCCCCCUCUGGAAGGCUUUGUGAUGAAUCGGGUUCAGGGCGAUUACUUUGAAACACUUCUCUACAAAAUCUUUGUGUCCAUCGAUGAGCAGACCAACGUAUCUGAGCUGGCAAAUGUACUGGAAAUUGACUUGGGCCUGGUCAAGAAUGCAGUUUCCAUGUACUGCCGCCUGGGCUUUGCCCUAAAGAAAGGCCAGGCGAUCAGUUCAGACCAGCUCCACCCGACAUGGAAGAGCGCCCCCUCUGUCAACAGACUCAAGAGCACCAUGGACCCCCAGAAGAUGCUGCUGUCUUGGGAUCAGGGUAGUCCUGUCAUGGAGGGAGGCUCAUCAGCCACUGACACUGACACCACCAGCCUUGAGGACCAAGCAGAUACAGCCAGUGUCAGCAGCCUGAGCAUCCCAGCCGCCACACCCACCAAGAGAAUUGCUUUCCUCUUCGACUCCACCCUCACUGCAUUCCUAAUGAUGGGCAACCUCUCACCGAACUUGAAGAGUCAUGCGGUGACCAUGUUUGAGGUGGGAAAGCUGUCUGAUGAGACACUGGACAGCUUCUUGGCCGAGUUGGAGAAGGUUGAGAGUACAGCAGAGGGCGAGGCCCAGCGUUACUUUGAUCACGCCCUAACCCUGAAGAACACCAUUCUCUUCCUGCGCUACAACCAAGGAGCUCACCCAGGACCAGGGAUGCUGUUUGUGUUUCGUUUCAGGUUGGCAGUGUGCCUCAGCUCUGCUACCUCUCAAUCCUCCUCAUCUGCUCCCCUAGACAUCCUCACAAUGGUCUGGGCUCACAUUGGCCCAGCUAUCCCCGAGGUGAGUUCCAUCUGGUUCAAGCUGUACCUGUAUCAUGUCACCGGCCAAGGCCCGCCCUCUCUGCUGCUUUCCAAAGGCUCCAGACUCCGCAAACUCCCAGACAUAUUCCAGGUUUACGACAGGUUGUUGAUCACUUCUUGGGGUCAUGACCCUGGAGUGGUCCCUACGUCCAAUGUGCUAAUGAUGCUGAACGAUGCCCUCACACACUCUGCUGUACUGAUUCAGGGUCAUGGUAUGCAUGGCCAUGGAGAAAUGGUUCACAUCCCAUUCCCCUUCGAUGAGGAGGAUCUGAAAGGAGAGUUUUCCAGCUCCAACAUGUGUGUACACAAGGCCCUGCGGACGCUGAAGACGCAUUUGGACCUGGAGCACCAGUGUGGCUACAUCACCAUGCUCAAUUCCAACAACAGGCACCGCCGCAGGGCCAGUGAUGCUGCAGACUGCAGGGGAGACACCCAUCUAGGUGGAGGCUUUGACACCAAUGGCAGCACUGAGUCCUUUGAGCUGGUGGCGGAGGAGAACAACGGGGACGGCAAGGGGAAGGCAGAUGCAUCGUCAUCUGAGGAUGAGUGGGUGCCUUUGGAGCUGUGUUUUGGCAUGCCCCUCUUCAGCUCUGAGCUGAACCGCAAAGUGUGUCGAAAGAUCGCCUCACACAAACUGUGCAGCAAAGAAAGCCUUCAAGACCUACUUCACUCGAGCAGGAAGCUGUCACUAAAGGUUCUGAGUUUUGUUCAGUCAUUCCAGGACGGCGGCCAGCCAGCUGACCCUGAGAGUGGCCUGUCGGGCCCUCUUAGCCAGCCCCCAGCAGAGGCCGGUGUCCCCCUGCCUGCGCUCAACCUGCUCUUCGAAGAUGGCCAGCUGAAGGAGUGGAGUGGGCGGGGCCCUCCGCCUCUGGACAUCUCAGCCCUGCAAAAGGACCAACCGACAUAAGCCCCGCCCCCAAAGCGCCACAUUCAGCCACACAGAAAAGCCAUCUCAUCUCCAAAAGGACCAUUCUCUGUCAUUAUGUCCCCUCCCAGUGAGAGUGCAAAUACUCCCCCCCCCAUUUGCGUCCCCAUGUAGUUGUGGGAAAAUGAGCCCCACCCUUCACUUCGUCGUCAACCUAUGAGGAGACACCCUCAGAAAAACUGACAAAGUCCUAACUCCCAGACAAUUCCCACAUGUGAUUGCACCUGUUUGUAACAAGGCGUUGUUAUCUGUUGGAGUGAUGCUUUUAUCACAGUAUGUAACAGUAGUACAGGUACAGUUUAUAACCUGGAAUAUCAUGUAGGUGGGACACUACUGGAAGCAAAAGCAGUGCUCUCCAAUGGCUAGUCAAGGUCCUUGUUCCCUUCAUUCCUUGUAUAUUUUUGUUACUUCUGAGAGGGGGAGAGUGACAUGAUUAUUAAAGAGAUGACAUAAAAGUGAUCCACACGUUAACUGACCUUCUAAGUGUUGAAUGGACUUAUUCAGGAACCAGGUGACAUAUGCAAUCAUAGGACCAGGUCGUGUGGCUGGAGGCACUUCAAGUCCACAUGCAAAGCCCUUUUUCUCUCUGUAUUGUCUCAUGUUUAGUGAUCUGAUGCAUGAAACCAUUGCACAACAUAUGUCAUAAUGAAGACUAUCCUCAUUACUUGUUAUUGAUAUUGGGGGUGUCUUUUAAUUUGCACUGUGGGAUUCUUCCAAACCUGUGAGUAAAAUAAUAUUAAUAAUGUAACUUUUUUUUAAACAUGUUGAAACCCCUAAUAUUGUCCACAUGAUUUCAGAGAUGUAAUUCACGCUGUGUGCGGUUUCACCCUUGAACUCAACAGGGUCUGAUUUAAAAAAUUGACAGGGCAUUGGAGUAAACUACUGUUUAUCCACUGUUUUUCUUGCAAAAGAUUUCUCUCAGCAGAGAGAAAACCAAAGACCAAAUUGUUCUUGUUUUGUUUGCUUUGUUAUGUUGAUUUUUUUCUGUUAGUGUCUUUUUAAUUUUGCUGCCUUAUUACUACAUUGGUUGGCCAAUAGACUACAAUCAAAUCUGAUGAUUUGAUUUUUUAU